AUAUUCCCAACUAUGGGGGAGUUUUCCUAGGCUCUCCUCUAGCAUGGUUUAUUAUGAUAAAUUGAUAAUUGUUACUUGUUAUUAUACACUCAAAAUUGGCGAGUGUUUUGAAUUUGGAAGCAACAACAAAGGCUUUCCGUUGGGGGUGCUCUUUUUGGGGCUCUCGAAACAGAAUUAUAGAAAAAUAUACACAGACCCUAGGCCCAAAGAUUACAUAGAUAAAUAGAGGGGUGAGAAACCAAAACAGAAAGAUGGAAAAGAGCAACAUGAAAAGGGUCUCUGAAUCUAAUCCAUUUCUUCUCCUUCUCCCUCUCCUUUCCCCUUUCUAAACUCAACUCUCUUCCUUCUUUCCUUCCUUCCACUCCAACACCUCCGUCCAUCAAGAAAACAAGAGCUAGAAUCAACAUACACUACCCCCCUUAACGAAGGCAUAGAGAGAAUGGUUACUGGGUGGAGAAGAGCGUUUUGCACAUCAAUCCAUAGAGAAAGAGAACCCAAAGUAGUAACCGAGAAACAACAACAACAACAUUGUGACAAUAACAAUAACAGCAGCACCAAUAAUCAAAGUCCCAAAAUCAGUUCCAAGUUCGGAUUUUUCUCUAAUCCCUCAACCCCACGGUUCCAGUCCCAGCCUGUAGCAUCGGGUCCGGGCCUCCGUUGCCGAACCUCAAUUUCCACCGGAGCAACCACUUGCUCCGUCCCCAACAGCCCUAAACUUCAAUGCAGCAACCCCAAAACCACCAAGAAACAAACAACCCUCAGCCCCAGGCUAUUCCAACUCUCAAACCCUUCAUCACCAAAAUCACCAUCAAGCUUCUCACUAUUCAAAUCUACUCUACGGUUAUCCAAAAGUCGAUGUGGAAUAUGUAUGCAGAGCGUGAAGAGUGGCCAAGGCACGGCGAUUUUCACGGCCGAAUGCUCCCACAGCUUCCACUUCCCUUGCAUAGCUACACAAGCGAAGAAGAAUCCAAUCCUCACGUGCCCCGUCUGCAGCACGUGCUGGAAGGAGCUUCCGGUGUUGGCUAUCCACGAAGACAAUAAGCACAAUAACAAAACCACCUCAGAGGCAACAAACAGAGACGCCGCCGCCGCAACCGCCACCAAAACAAGGUCGUUGAAGGUGUAUAACGACGACGAGCCACUCAUGUCUCCAACUUCGGUGGCGCGGUUCAACCCUAUUCCUGAAUCGGAGAACGAAGAUGAGCAAGAAGACGAGAGAAACGAGUUCCAAGGGUUCAACGUGAGUCCUUUCGUUAGUUUCUCUCCGGAAGAGAGGAUCAGGGGACUUGAAAUGUCUUUAUUGCCGGAGGCGGCGAUCGUGGCGGCGAAUAGGAGCUACGAGACUUACGCUGUGGUGCUAAAGCUGAAGGCGCCGGCGGCGCCUUUACAUAAGGCCACUCGAAGAUCUCCGGUUGACCUCGUGGCGGUCCUCGACGUCGGCGGAGCCAUGUCCGGCGCGAAGCUCCGACUCAUGAAGAGCUCGAUGCGGUUUGUGAUUUCCUCCCUCAGCUCCGCCGAUCGUCUCUCCAUCGUCGCAUUCUCUGCCGGAUCCAAGAGGUUGUUGCCGCUCCGGAGAAUGACCGCUGGAGGCCAGAGGUCUGCUCGACGCAUCAUUGACGCGCUUGCGGUGAUUGACCAGUCCCGAGACGGCGCUCCGGUGAUGAACGACGCCCUCAAGAAAGCCGUUAAGGUACUCGAGGACCGGCGUGAGAAGAACGCCGUGGCCAGCAUUGUGGUUCUCUCCGACUCGAACUACUCACGCUCCGUCGCGUACUCUCAGAAAUCAUGGCUCAUUUCCUCCACGCGCUUGCCUCAACUGGAUGUCCCUGUCCACGCGGUUAGGUUCCCGGGGGAGCGCGAGUGCAGCCACGCGCUCAACGAUGACGCGUUCGCUAAAACCGUUAGGAGUUUGUUACAAGUCGUGGCUCAAGACGUUAGGAUUCAGUUAGCUGUGGUGUCACGGCCUCGCCCCGUUGAGAUCGCCGCGGUUUACUCACUUACAUAUCGACCCGAAUCUCUUGUACCGGGUUCCACCCGCAUCGGCGAUCUUUACGCCGAAGAAGAGAGGGAGCUUCUCUUGGAGAUUAAAGUCCCCGCCGCUUCGGCUGGAUCCCACCACGUUCUGACCGUACGAUCAUCCUACAGGGACCCGCUAACGCAGGAGAUUGCAAGCCCUGUUGAGCAUGCAAUGCUUGUUCCCCGUCCCAACACCGUACGAUCGUCGUGCCCCAAGAUCGAGCGGCUUAGGAACCUCCAUGUCACUGCUCGAGCAGUAGCUGAGUCGAGCCGGCUUGUUGAGCAUGGUGAUUUCUCUGGAGCCUAUCAUCUCCUAUCGUCGGCUCGUGCACUCUUGUUGCGAUCUUGCAAGCCAGACAGAGUUAGUGACUUACAUGGCUUUGAGAAUGCAAGAUUUUAAUUGUAAUAUUUUUCAUAUUCCUUUUAUUGGGAAAAAAAAAAAGGAAAGAAGAAUGUAAUGUUGUAGUACAUAGAGGGAAAGCAAUUAUGAAUAGAGAAUUUUUUUUGUGAAAAAUUAAUUUUUAGAUAAAAUGUAAAAAGAAAAAGG